AUGGGUCGCAAGCAUGCACCGCAGCCGCUGACGCUGUCUGAAUCUCAACCCCCCGACCAGCAGCAGGAAAACGUUCCGCGCUCUGCUGAAACCCUCGCCUCUGCCGUUCCUCCAAGCGCUGGCUCCAAAUCGCAGUCUUCUCCCAGAUCUCCGCGCUCUCCCUUUAGGUUCACUCCGAGAAGACCUAGCUCCAGUCGCAAACAGUCUCUGCAGCUGACUGACGAACGUCGAAACUUUGACGACGACGGCGACGAAUUUCAGCAGUAUCCCCCAAUCUCAUCUGCACUGCACCGCGCGUCCGAAGAUACGCCCCCUCGCCAGCAUCACCAACAUAACCCCAUCAGCCCCGGUUCUCAGCACCGCCUCGACCAUCCCUCCCCGGGCAGCUCGAGCAGCAAGCCAUCCAAGGGCGGCUUCUUUUUCAAUUUCGCAAAGGCCUCCAACAAGUCGUCCCAUUCACCCGCCUCGUCACCCUCGCCAUCCCACCACCACCACCACCAGAAUCAACCGCAACCACCAACGCGCCAGAACAACCUCCAGAACCCGAUCCAGAACCCUGACUCGAGAGGCGAAACUAUGUCGAGGGGUCCCGACAGUGCUCCCAUGAGCACCCAACCCACCCAACCUUCAGCGGAUGCAUCCUAUGCUGGAGACGCCGUCCAAAAACCCGCACCCACUCUGCCGUCCGCGUCCGACGUCUCAAUAGCCUCCGCUGCCGACUACGACCCUUCCGCCGCACAAUCUUCCUCCAAGAAGUCCAAGUCGAAGCCAUUCGGUCUCCUCAGCCGCAACAAGUCGCUCCGCGACAAGGACCGCGACAAGGACGGCUCGAGUUCCAGGGACAAGCAACCCAGCCCCGUACCUAUAACGAUCAGCGAACCCGAGCCAUCGCAUAUUGCCUCCGACCCGAACCCGCGCAAGGCGUCGGCACCCGCACCCGCAUCCGACAGGUCCAUCAAGGAGAUGGUGAAUUCUACGGUCCGAAACCGUUCAGAAGAUCGCGGGUCGCCACGAGACAUGGCCAGCAAGGAAAGCCACAAGGAGAGGGGGAACAAGGAGAGCCAAAGAGAAAAGGACCAUCAUCCCCGGCAAAAUUCGUCGUCGCAAAACGGCGGCUUUUUCGGUGGCCUGAAGAGUGGCAGAGACAUGAUCAGCAAUCGCCUAUUCGGAAAGGGCGGACGCAGUGGCAGCACGACAGAGAGGGAACCCGUCAUCGACGACGAGCACUACGUGCUCAAGACAAUCAACCUACCUCUGGUCGAGCAGACACGUCGCACACGCAUCUCGAAGCGUUUGGAGGAUUCGAGAGACAAGACCGAGUUCUGGAUGCCAGCGUUCCCAUGGCGCGCAAUUGACUACUUGAAUUACAAGGGUUGUGAUGUUGAGGGUUUGUAUCGUGUGCCAGGCAGUGGUCCCCAGAUCAAGAAGUGGCAGAGAAGAUUCGACGAAGAGUACGAUGUGAACCUCUUCGAGCAGCCCGACUUGUACGAUAUCAACAUCAUCGGCUCCAUGUUGAAAGCUUGGCUGCGAGAACUGCCAGACGAGUUGUUCCCCAAAGAGGCGCAGGAGCGUGUGGCGAGGGAAUGUGUCGGCUACGAGACGGUCCCUCCGCUGCUGGUCGAGGAGCUCUCCAACCUAUCGCCGUUCAACUACUAUCUGCUUUUCGCCAUUACUUGUCACCUUAGCCUGCUCUUGGCACAUUCCGACAAGAACAAGAUGGACUUCAGAAAUCUUUGCAUUUGCUUCCAGCCAUGCAUGAAGAUCGAUGCCUUUUGCUUCAGAUUCUUGGUAUGCGACUGGCGAGACUGCUGGAAGGGUUGCAAGAACGAGGCGAAGUACAUUGAGCAGGAGUAUCAGCUUUUCGACCAGCCACCUCCGAAGGGCUUGUCAGAGCCGCGUAAGCCGUCAAAGGAGACAACAAUACAGGAGGGCACAGUUCCAGAGGAGCCUUCCAUUACCAUUGAGAGAGCAGGCUCGUCGUCGGACAACAGCAGCAAGCAUUCCAACGCGAGUACUGAGCAACCCACCAAAGACCGCAGGCUAAAAAAAAAGCCCCUCCAACUCUCUGAGUCCAACGGCAGCGUCGCAACCAACACGACGGCGUCGACAAACUUGACGAUCGACAGCGGCCGUGAGCCAAGAGGUUCGAAUGACUUACGACCUCUGUCACCCAUCAAGCCUCUUUCGCCGCUUGGCUUCUAA